AUGCAUGGUAUAUCAUCCACAGCUGCUGGUAUGAAAGAAUUAGCUGGUUGGAUUCGGACAUCUUUUCCUGGUAUUUAUAUUAUAUCAGUUGAAAUCGGUAAUGGUAAAGAAGAUUCAUUUUUAUUACCAAUUCAUAAACGAGUUGAACAAUUUUGUGAUAUUGUUAAUAGUGAUGAACAUCUUCGUCAAGGUUUUAAUAUGGUUGGAUAUUCUCAAGGAAGUAUUAUUGUACGUGGUGCAAUUGAAAGAUGUUCAUUACCUGUUUAUAAUUUAAUAACAUUAAGUGGUAUAUAUCAAGGAGUUUUUAGUGUACCCUAUGUUUUACAACUUCCUGCAGAAUUUCGUGACUUAAUUACCAAAUAUGCACAUGAAAAUCCAGUACAAAAUGCAAUUAGUGUAGCAAAUUAUUGGCGUGAUCCUUAUCAGUUGAAUAGAUUUAUAUCUGAUUGUCAUUUUCUUCCAGAUAUAAAUAAUGAACGUGGAGUACCAAAUCAAAUAUAUCGUUAA